UGCUUUGCGCAUCGAACGGUCGCUCAAGUAAGUCAGCAGGUAUGUUGCUGUGAGAGCGCUUUGUCAGGCGACAUCAAACGCAAGUGAUGCCCGGCGAGUAGGCACAGCCUCCUGUUGCACGCGCCGACAUCACCGAAGCUGCUUGAUCACGAUUCGCAGCCCACACACAUCCCCCUGAGAGAUUGAGCAAGGGGCCCGUGGGUGUCGGUGGCUAGUUGCGCGGCGCCAUGGGGACGCCGUUACACGGCAUGAUGCAGAGCCUGGUGCUGGAGCGCUGCCCCAGCUCGCUAGACAGCCCCGCCUCGGCGCGGCGAAGCGGACGGCGCACCACCCGCUCCGAGCCCUUUUUGAUCGGAGUGGCAGGGGGCACAGCCUCGGGCAAGACCACGGUGUGUGACCUCAUCAUUCAGCGGCUCCAGGAGCAGAGUGUGGUGAUGCUGGCGCAGGACUCCUUCUACAAGAGCCUCACACAGGAGGACAUCGCCAACAUCAAGGAGUACAACUUUGACAAGCCCGAGGCCUUUGACUCUGAGGCUAUAAUGGAGUGCCUGGCAACGCUGAAGCAGGGCAGGCCGGCGGACGUGCCCAUCUACGACUUCACGACACACAGCCGCAGCUCGGAGACGCGGCGGGUGAUGCCCGCCGACGUGGUGAUCAUCGAGGGCAUCCUGGUGCUGCAUAUGGAGGAGAUCCGCGCCAUGCUCAACAUGAAGGUGUAUGUGGACACAGACGACGACGUGCGCCUGGCGCGCAGAAUCCAGCGUGACGUAGCGGUGCGGGGGCGCGAUGUGAUUGGCGUGAUUGACCAGUACACCAAAUUCGUCAAGCCAGCGUUUGAUCAGUAUGUUGCGCCCUCCCGCAAGUUUGCUGACGUGAUCAUCCCAUGGGCCAGGGGCGACAAUGUGGUGGCCAUCGACCUGAUCACCGAGCACAUCCGCAUGAAGCUGCAGCAGCACGACCUGCGCCGCAUCUACCCAAACCUGGAGGUGAUCCCAACCAACUACCAGAUCCGUGGCAUGCACACCAUCAUCCGCGACAGAACCACCCACCACGCCGACUUUGUCUUCUACGCCGACCGCCUGCUGCGCCUGGUGGUGGAGGCGGGGCUGGGCCACCUGCCCUUUGCCGAGAAGACGGUGGUGACGCCCACGGGGCACCAGUAUGUUGGGGUGGACUUUGCCAAGAAGCUGUGCGGCGUGAGCAUCAUCCGCAGCGGGGAGAGCAUGGAGAAUGCGCUGCGGGCCUGCUGCAAGGGGAUCAAGAUUGGGAAGAUCCUGGUGCACAGCCAGCGGCAGGUGGAGCAGGAGAUCAUCUACGAGAAGCUGCCGGCGGACAUUGCGGACCGGUUUGUGAUGCUGAUGGAUCCCAUUCUGGGCAGCGGAACCUCUGCGCUGCGCGCCAUCCAGGUGUUGCUGGAGAACGGCGUUCAGGACAGCAAGAUCCUGUUCCUGACUGUCACCGCGGCGCCGGAGGGCAUCCGCCGCGUGUGCGGCGCGCACCCGCGCAUCAAGGUGCUGACCUCGGAGAUUGAUGAAGGCAUGGAGGAGUACCACGUGGUGCCAGGCGUUGGCGAGUGGGGAGAUCGAUACUUCUGUGAGUGACGUGAAUGAGCGGGGUGCUGCCAGGGCGGCGUGCAAACUAGUGCCUUUGGCAGCGGCAUCACCAAGGCUUCCAACUGCUUGGGGUGCACCGCUCGAAGCAUCGCCAACAUGACCGUUCACAGAACAUGACGGGACUCUCUUCCUGCUUGUUAUUCGACCUGCAUUUUCGCUCCUGCUGGACAGUGCUUGCCUUCCCGCCGCAUCCGCCCGCUGACUUGGCGCGCGCUGUCCUCUGCACAGGGGGAUGGGGGCCAAGCCCCCUUGCUCUCCUUGACCAACCUGCAUCCCUGCUGUUUUACCAGCACUCUCUGCACCCUUUAAGCCCUGAAGCGGA